ACUGCCUGAGAUCCAACAUGGCUCGCCUGCUGCUCCUUUAUCUGUUUGCUGUGUCGGGUGUUUUCGCUGGACGCUAUUUUAAUGAGAAUGAGCCCUGCUACAAACCACAUCCGAGGAGAAAUCUACAGGGAGUGAGAACAGGACCACGUCCAUACGAAUAUAAUAAUUUACAGGAGCUCCCCAAAGCAUGGGAUUGGAGAAACAUCGAUGGCGUCAAUUACGUCAGCACCACACGCAACCAACACAUACCUCAGUACUGUGGGUCUUGCUGGGCUCAUGGAAGCACAAGUGCUUUUGCAGAUCGUAUCAACAUCAAACGGAAAGCAGCAUGGCCAUCUGCCUAUCUGUCUGUCCAGAACGUUGUUGACUGUGGUAAUGCAGGUUCCUGCCAUGGUGGAGAUCAUUCUGGAGUGUGGGACUAUGCAAACACUCAUGGCAUCCCAGAUGAAACCUGCAACAACUAUCAGGCCAAAGAUCAGGACUGUGAUUCGUUUAAUCAGUGUGGAACCUGCACAACCUUUGGUGUGUGUAACAUUGUGAAGAACUACACUCUCUGGAAAGUUGGAGACUACGGCUCAGUCAGCGGCCUGGACAAGAUGAAAGCGGAGAUCUACAGUGGCGGACCUAUAAGUUGUGGGAUUAUGGCAACGGACAAGCUGGAUGCGUACACUGGUGGUUUGUAUUCAGAGUAUGUUCCGGAUCCCUAUAUAAACCACAUUGUAUCAGUGGCUGGCUGGGGUGUUGACGAGACUGGAGUGGAGUACUGGGUUGUUCGUAACUCUUGGGGAGAACCAUGGGGAGAGAAAGGUUGGCUCAGAAUUGUCACCAGUGCAUACAAGGAUGGCAGUGGAAGCCAGUACAACCUUGCCAUCGAAGAAGACUGCAUGUAUGGAGACCCAAUUCUACCCAAGAACUAUGUGUAGAAUACGGUCAGGUGUUCAGCUCUGAAAAUACACUUAUUUUAGAUUAGUCUAAAUUUGCCACAUUUUUUAAAUAGCACACAGAAAAAAAAAAUUCUGACUCUUUUGCAGAGGUAUGUUUAUUUUAUCUAAAUAUACAGUAUAGUUUUAAUUGCAAUCUCAGGAAUAUUAUAUCAGAACUUGUACAGGUUUAUACUUUAAUUCUGCAUUUGUAUGUCUUAAACCAAUGUUCUUUUUUAAUUGUCAAUGCCACUUAGUGAUCAAAAAGGGAAAGUAGCAGCCAUCUUUUUUUUUUUUUUUAUACUAGAACUGUUUUAAAAUGGACUAAUUCCUCACCAUUGUUAAUGGUAAUUCGUCUGUUCCUUGUGUUCCUAUAGCUUUUUAAAGCUUUUGGGGUUUGCUAAAGCAAAAAUAUAACAUUUACUUCCCUUUUUUGAUGGGGGUUUUGCUUGAAUGCAUCUGUCAAACCAUGCCAACAUAUGCAAAAACUGAAGUCAUGGCUAGAUAUAUUAAAUUGUCAAUCACUCUCUUCAAAUAAAAGCCUUAAGUUCCA